UUCUCAGCGUAUAUGGCUUAGCAUAUGGUCCGCUCUCAAUGAAAAAGUUUAACAGCAAUUUUGUCACCAUAGCUUUGGGGCGAGGGUGUAACUACAUACAAGCAGUCACAUCCUGAUUUGAAAGCUGUUGGUCUCACCACUGGAUGUAUUGCGCGGCAGACGCACAAUACAAUUUUGCCAUACAAAAUUUCAGCGCAGAACAGUGCACCGUGCACGUCUAUUCUAUUCAUCUCUCAAGUCAAACGAUGGUGUGAGACUGGGGGAGAGCAUACAUACUGGACUGGUGGAUGGAUGCCAACAACUGAGAGAAGAAGGUGUUUGGUUAAGUCAUCGAGCGACAGCCUGAAAGGUACGCGCGUUCAGAUGCUCCGCUGGCACGGGCUUUUUUCCCCUGGCAAGAGAGAGAUAACGGGAGAUGCUGCUGGAGUUGCUUUUGUGCCGUUCCGCUCUCUCUGUCUCUCUGGCUUUAAUCGUUCCUUGGGACAAGACAUUUACCUAAGGGAGAUGUGAAGAGGCUUAAAGUAUGGCAUGCAACGAUGGUUUCUGCCAAGAAGGAGAUGGUGACUGCGAUGUACCCCAGUUAUAUUUCGACUCUCUUCUACCUUUUCUGCCUGACUGCUUGUGUAAAGAGAAUAUCUGGAACGAUAAAAAAGGAUGAGAGAAUAUAUCCCGAGAAUUUCACACGCAUUUUAGACCGACUACUGGACGGGUAUGACAACAGACUGCGACCUGGAUUUGGUGGUCCAGUGACAGAGGUGAAAACAGACAUUUAUGUGACAAGUUUCGGGCCUGUCUCUGAUGUUGAAAUGGAGUACACCAUGGACGUGUUCUUCAGACAGACAUGGAUGGACAGGAGGCUGAGGUAUGAGGGGCCUAUCGAGAUCCUCCGCCUCAACAACAUGAUGGUCUCCAAUGUGUGGACUCCAGACACCUUCUUCAGGAAUGGCAAGAAGUCUGUGGCCCACAACAUGACUGCCCCCAACAGGCUAUUCCGCAUUAUGAAGAACGGCACCAUUCUUUACACCAUGAGGUUGACUAUCAGUGCAGAGUGUCCCAUGAAGCUGGUUGACUUCCCCAUGGAUGGACAUGCAUGCCCUCUCAAGUUUGGAAGCUAUGCAUACCCUAAAACAGAGAUGAUCUAUACCUGGACCAAAGGACCACAGUAUUCAGUGGAGGUUCCCCCAGAAUCCUCCAGCCUAGUGCAGUACGAUCUCAUUGGCCACACUGUCAGUAGUGAAGAGGUCAAGUCAAUCACAGGUGAAUACGUGGUGAUGACAGUGCACUUCCACUUGAAGCGGAAAAUGGGCUACUUCAUGAUUCAGACGUAUAUCCCCUGCAUCAUGACAGUAAUCCUCUCCCAAGUGUCCUUCUGGAUAAAUAAGGAAUCGGUCCCGGCUCGAACAGUCUUCGGCAUCACCACAGUCUUGACCAUGACCACGUUGAGCAUCAGCGCGCGCCACUCCCUCCCCAAGGUCUCCUACGCCACCGCCAUGGACUGGUUUAUUGCCGUGUGUUUUGCCUUUGUCUUCUCCGCCCUCAUCGAGUUCGCUGCCGUCAACUACUUUACCAACGCGGAGAUGGAGAGACUGAAAAGGAAGCCGGCAAAAUGCCCACCGGCCCCCCAAACAACCCCAGUGAAAGUGAAGGAUAUGGAGGAAGUUCUGCAGCAUAACCCGGAUACCAAUGGGAACCUUCGCAAACGGAUGAACUAUAUGUCCCAGCAAGACAUCCAGAAAGCUGAGUCAUACAGCACAGCAGCUACAGGGGUAACCAGGAGACAACCCCAGUCUGGCCAAUCGUCUUCAUCCACGGGGUCGACUGGGGACACCAUCAUCCUACCCCACUCCAGCCCCGGCCCUGCCAGCCUACCGAACACCUCCUUCACCACCCUGUCCGUCAAGAACACGCCCCCGGCUCCACCCACCACCCCGACAAUACCAGCCAAUCAGAGCCAGCCCACUGCUGACUCCUCCCUCCAGGACCUCCUAGGACCUAGACUGGAGCACAUUCAACUGAUGGGUAAAAAUGAGCCCAAGCAGUCGCCAUGCUCCCAGCCGACCACCACCGGUAUGGGCGGGACCAGUAAAAUCGAUAAGUACGCUCGCAUCCUGUUCCCAGUGUCCUUCGGAGCCUUCAACAUGGUCUACUGGGUGGUUUACUUGUCCAAAGACACUAUGGAGGCCAAAUUUCGAGGCCAAAUCUAGUUUCUAGCUCCUCUAGGGGUGAUCUUGGGAAUAUUGUUCUACACACUGUAUCAUGACGGGAUAACAGCAAUGAGUUCUCUUGAAUCCUAUCAGAGAUCUGGAGAAACGAAAGAUGACAUGACAAGGAAACCAAACAUGCUGGACAAGAGCCUUAAAUAAUUACACCUAGGAAUACUAAGCUCAGAACAUCUGUUUGUUUCAUUUUCUAGAGGGCUUCUGAGAAUGCGCAUGGUAACACAACCAUUCCAAAUAUGCCUGAAUCAAACAAAUCACAACUAGGCCAUACCCUGAGUGGCCAUAUCCAAUAUGCAAUACAGUAAUUGUUUGAUGGAUUGGUUAGUUUUAAUGUUAGCAAGUACGGUCACUGACACAAAAUACAGUAAUUACUGAUCUUGGCUAAUAGAUCCCUCUAGUCUUAGCAGGCGUUGCUACAAUGACAAAGGAUUAGGAGUCACAAUAUCGCUGAGGGUGAGCCGGACACACUACAAGUCACAAGGUGUCAAGAAGAACAGAGAUGUAUUGACAAGCAGAUUUGGGGUGUAUUUUCUCCCUUACUGAUAAACACCAGUAGAUAUCUGGGUAUGUUGCCAUUUGUUCUGGUAUCAGAUGGAGAUCCAUUUUGUCCACUCAAAUCUACCAAGCCUGUACAGCGAACCUCGACCAAGCUUUGUUAAUAAGCGUAGAAUGAGGUUACCAUACAUGCUGGCCUACUUUGCUCAGUACCCUACAAACAACAUUUCCAGGGGAUAAGGUUCCUCUAAGCCCUAUUAGUUCAAUAUUCUGAGUACAUUCCCUCCAACAACAUUCUAGGGAGUCUUUGGUUGAAUGUUCAACUAUGAAAUUAUGUGUUUUUCUUUUACGUAUUCUGUUUCUGGAACAGUGUAUUAAUGUAUUCAUUAAACAUGAACUAAGAAUAUUGAUAACUCACAACAGAAUAUAUUGUAGGAAUUUGGUGAAACCCUUUGUUUUGGAAACAUUUCCUCUGAGUUCAGGGGUGUUAAUUUCUUUGCAUAUGUGGGGGCCUGAUUGAGGGUUUUCAUAGGCCUUUCAUGUACGGCACCUGUUAUUGUCCAUCAUGAGGUCAGAGGAAGGAUCAUUCCCCAUAUCAUAAUUUGUUACAUUGGUGUAGAAUGCAACUAUGAGACCAUCAGAGACCACAAGUUACGUCGGUUAGGGACUUGAGAGAUCGGGAGGAACGUGUAUAGUGACUAUGCAAUUCUCUCUGGGCGUUUCCUAGUGCAUUAGCCUUGAGUGCUGAGGGUCUUUAGGGUCCUAUACCAACUUUGGAUAGCUUUCCACUGUUAAGGUACAAAGUUCCACAUUUCUCAGUCCUAAAUGUGCCAUGUCCAUGGCAUCUAUGCAACCUCUCUUAUAGUAAAAGUAUACUGCUGUCUCCCUGAGGACAGCUCCGCUCUCGUUAUCAGCUGAGGUGAUGUCAUCUGCAGAGGCAUGGUUAGUGACUUUCCUAAUGCCUGGUUUCCUGCUAAUGGCUAUUAUCACCCAGACAGGUCUUACAUAGUUGGCCCCUCAGUCACUGUUGACAUAAUAGUGCAUUAAGUUCCUGCAGAUGGGGCUCAAAACAGAGAGGCUGAUAGACAGCUCAAUAUGUCUGCCACAGCCUCAUGUCUCCUUGAUGCACUCGUGUGAAAUUGAUUCUGCACUCCCAACUACACACACACACAAUCACACAUCCACGUACAACACACACAUACUUUAAGGAACUUGUUCGCAACCGGUGGAAUGGUGUGUUAUGAUGCAUUUUGUGUGUUCUUUUCCCCAG